UUAAGCGAUUGAUGUUGCCAUUAAAAUAAAUAUAUUCGAAUUAAAAGAGUUCUAUUCAUUAAUUGAGUAAUUCGAAUUUUGUGUUAUCGAUAACAUAUUUACCGUUUUUUUACGUAGCUGGUUAACACUUUAUAUGUCAUGCUCCUCUCUCAUCGGUUAAUGUCAACUGACAUUUGUUAUGGUUUUUGCGAGGCAAAAAUUAAAAAAAGCGUAGAUAUCGUAUUAAAAAGAUUUUAUGAAUAUAAUAACUAAAACUAAUUAACCUACCUCUGAAUAGAUUAUCGUUCAAAAUAAUGGAUAUUAAGAAAUUAUACAUUAAACUUAAAGAAUUGGGGCACGCAAACAGUAAGCGUGAAGAACUGCGUGAAUAUUGCAAACAAAACCUGGAUCAGCUAUUAACAUCAUUACCCAGACGCAUUAUAAGCAGUGAUGGCUCAGUUAUUUUGGAUUGUUUAUUCAAUGGUAUACCAGAUAAACCAAUAGCUUCUCUCAAAUAUAAAGUUAAGAUAGCCAAUAUAGUGCUAGAUACUAUGAGAAAAGAGGCCACUUCGCUAAGUCACUGCAGUGAUGUUAUAAGUCGUCUCUGUCUUGAGCUGCCAAGAUUGCCAGCUGAAGACUUGGUGAGAUGGUGCAAUGAUAGUGUCCAGUCCAUUGUGGAUGAUGCUGAUGAGAACAUGAUAUGGAAAGAUGUUUUACCAGAGUGCCUUACAGCACUGUCCUCGGAGUCCACAGUAAAACAUUGCGGCACAGAACUGUCAGUGAGCGAGUUCAAAGAGCAGUGCGUUCAUGCGCUGUGCCAGUGCCGGUGGAAGGAGAAACAUUUGGUGCAGCUGGCUGCUAUGUUCAACGACAUGCGCCUGGGCCGCAAUGAACACAGGCAAGCGGUCAACAAGCUGUGCUCGUACAUCAUAGACGUGCCGCCCGACACGCUGCCGCCCCUCGUUCAUCAGCUGCUCAAGCUAUGCAAGGUGUAUGACGUGGAAGUAGUGCUGGCCCACUUGAGCCACUAUUUUGGCGUCAGACUGUACAGCAAAUUGGACCCUCCGCCGCAAGAUUCAGAGUCUACCACGAUGGAUAUCGACGACAUUGUUCCCUACAGCUCAUCAGAACUGAGCUCGUGCCUGUCCACCUGCCUCUAUCACAUCACGCAAGGAUCCACUGAACUGGAAUUGAUAAGAAAACAUUUGAAAUUAUGGCCAAAGACACAGUUGUUGAGAGCACCAUUCAUGUUGGAUAUAGCAUUGGCGUUGUCCGAUAAAGGGACCGAGUUCAGAUCUGUCUGUUUGGAUGUUAUCAAAUCGGCUAUAGAGCUAAGGAUUCAGGAUGAGGUCCGCAGCAAAGAGUCGUCGUGGGUCCGAUCCGUGGUCCCGCCGGAUGUAGAUGUCGCUAGUGUUCUCAAAGUGCUUACUACUGAAAGCGCCAAGCAUCGCAACCUAACAGUGAUGGGUCUCAUCAACCUAGCGAUUGUUUUGCUGUCGGUACCUCGCACGAAGCCAAUGGCGCCAUCUUGCUGGUCGUACGGCAAACUGAUCCUCGUGAGAUUCUCCAAGGCCCAGCCCGAGACCGCCUCCCACAUUCUGAGCUUGCUCGCUGACCGCUUGGCUGGUGAAUGUCAGAAGCAAUACGCUGAUUGCCUCCACCUCCUCUGCAAGUUGACUCCGGUUUCCGUGGAGCGUUGCACGCAACUCCGCGCCAUAUUGGAAUGCUGUCAGCCAUCACAAACCGACUAUAGGCCGGCCGCUGCGGUUUUGGACGCCGUACAUCCCCUGAUAAACUUCAGCAUCAGGACCAGGGAUACAUUGGUCAUGGUGUGCAGAAAGGGGAUGUAUUCCAGGGACCCCCUCCACCGCUGCCUGGCGCUGUCGGGUUUCCUCAGCGUGCUGAGGCACGUGCGUGUAAACAGCCCUCCGGCCUGGAGCAGCAGCCAGGGCGGCAGCGAGCAGUACAGCGCCCACUCCUACCUCACUCAGAUCUGUGUGGACUUGCAUGUCACGUGUCCGCCCACUGUAUCAUCGAGGGUGCGCAACGAGGCGAUGUGUUUAGAAGUGAUCUCGAUCUUACGACGGUGCCUCGUACAAGAUGCGUCUGUGAAACAACUGCUGUAUUCGAAAAUCUACGAUUGCAUCAAGGACAAACCAACACUCCACGAGGCCAUACUAGAGUUGUUUUACGAACAGUUCACAAAGUAUCUGCCGGAAGAUGGCGACACUGCCCUGAAAUGGGAGAAAUGCGUGCAGGUCAAUGCAACAUCGGCUGUGUUAGCGGAGCCGAUGGGCUAUCUCUUGUAUGUGAUAGCAGAAUUUGUGCAGCCCGUGGAAGAAGAGUUGGAGGACAUACUGGGCAGUCAGAACGAGGAACAGAACGCGGUGUUCAUUAAGACGAAGCUCAUAAACUUGCUGGACAAACAGGAGAUGUUCACAACUGGUAUAGAUAUGGAGGACCUAGGACUCUCAGACAUUACACCAGAGUCGAAGGCCAAGAGUCUGAAAGUCCAACAAAUACUGCAGUGUUACGAGGCCAUCAUAGCCCACAGGAUCAUGCAGUGGAACGUCAACAGUACGGACGAGGCGAACAGGGUCUACAGUCUUUAUAAAUCGCACAGUCAGCUGAUGGAACACGCGAAGACCGCACCGAAGUCCGCCAAAAAGGGCAACAAGCACAACGAGACAAAGGAGACGCAAAAAUCGCAGAAGAGUCAGAAAUCGCAGAAGGAGAAGAAGGGGAAGACUCCAGCCAAGUUCUCCAACUUGGUGAAAGACAGGGCGGGGCCAUUCAAACCGCUGCCUUGUGUAUGGAAUCUUGCGAUGUGUCAUCGAGUCAUACAAUUAUUGUAUGGCGACGACGUCUCAUGGUCGUCCCCCCAACAAAGAGACUACAUCCGCAGCCGACGGGACUUCCACCAGUGGGCUCUGAAGUCAAUUCUGUCUACUAUAUCUUCGGAAGACCUGGAGAAACGCGAUCUGUUGGCCCACGGGGUCGGCAUAGCUACAAUCAUGUACAGCAAGUGUGUUACUAGAUAUCAAGAUAUGUGCACGUUCGACGAACAGACAGCGCUGGAAUGCCUAGACUUGUUCAGAGCCUGUCUAAACAUGUUACUGUCGCCUAAUUAUUCCUUGAAAUUGGAAAGUUUCCUGCCUGCUAUCAUUGGAAUGCAAGAAGCGUCUCCCGCAUCCUGCGUCGCUGCGAUACUGGAGAAAAUACACGAAGCUCUCACUCUAGCCUCCGAGGAGAGUGCGGGGGAGGAGAACGAUUCGGGGCUGAAGAAGACUGUCGCUGCUUUAUCGCAGCUCGCCGAGCUGUGCUUGUCUAUACCGGGGCUAUACUCCAGCGAAAUGAGCAGUGCCAUAAUAAAACUAGAGCAGUACAUCCGAACUAGCAAAGUCGACUGUUUGUCUAUGGUGCCCUCGCUGCUGACGGCCAGCUAUCGAGAGCAUCAGGAGGCGACAUUCCUGGACGAGCUGCUGAGCAAGCUGUCUGCCAGUCUUGGAAGGAUUGAUGAAGAAGACACGUCAGCCGGCGAUGAGGAGUCCCAGCAGUUCCCGAGCAUCGACUCCCGCGCCGGCCACGCGGUGCUGAGUCACGUGUGCACUCACUUGGCCGCCCGCCUGCGGUGUGUCGAGCAUUUGAUAUCGCGCGCCAGGGAUCUCACUGCGGCUGUGGCGAACGCGCAGCAUAACCAGCAGAGGAUAGAUCGAGAAUUGAAAGAAUUAUACAAAAGUAUAGUGAUCCAGCUGUGUCAGUUAACGAAUUGGAUUUCAUCCGCGUGCAAACUCCGUUGCAACAUCGGCAGCGGCACUGAGAAAGUGGUCGGCACUGUCGUCAAACUGUACAACGUGCUGGGUGCGCUGGCCAAGUGUAUCACAGUGGAGAUUGCUGUGUUGGCUAGAUUCGAACGCCUUCUGAAACUGAGCGGCAAGAAGUUGUCGACGAUAACGGACAACCUGAUCACGUAUUUGGAGGCGUCGCAGCAGCAGCAGUCCGCCAGCAAAGUGCUGAGGGACACCAAGCUCGUGCCGCGGCUGGUGUUGCAGUGCGAGCAGUUCAGCAAGCAUGUCAUACUGUUGGCGAACAAGGGGAAGCUAAAUUACCAGCAGUACUUAUCCCUGGGCACGGCUCGGGACUUCAGGAUAAAGGCUCCGGUGUUACAGGAGGCUCUCAACGCUCGCGAGAACAGAGUGGACGAAACUUCUGACAAUGAAGAACAAGUGAACAUCAACGACGCCGAGACAGAAAUCCUAGAGCGCGGGAGUGCCUCCGAAGUGAGCGAUGAAGAAGAGGAAGAUAAGAGAAAGAAACGGCGCCGUGUAUCGUAA